AUGUCUUUGAGUGAUUAGAAAGUGAAUAAUUAAUAUGUAUCCAGUUGUUAAAUCAAUUUCUUCUCAAUUAGCUGUUUUUUUUCUAAAUCAGAACCUCCUUUAAGGUUAUCUCUCUGUGUGUGUCAGGUUUGUCUGAAGAUCCCUGAGUAGACAAACAGAUUUUGUUUUCGAGUUGAUCCGAUUUGUACGAUUAUGGCGAGUCUGAUGGGAGAUGAUUGCAAUUUAGAUAUAAUGCCUCCAAGGAAGAAGAAGAAUAAGGGAUCCAAUAAGGAUAAGCUGAAUUCAAAUAAGAAGACGGUUUCAAGCAGAUCUCGGAAACGGAAACUGAAUUUAAAUAAGGACACCGUAGUGAGCAAAUCUCAGAAACGGAAGCUGAAGAAAUUGGAGGAAGAUAAGGAGAAAGAAAUCAUCUUUGCAAAAACUGCCGAGUUGUUAGACAAGUACAAAAUAUCUGAGGAUGUAUCCUCGCUAUUACAAUCGUCAAAAGUUAUAGGAAGAUCAGCCACUAAGCUGGAAAAACGAAGGAGAGCAAUGCAACUUUCUAAAGCUGGUGUUGAGACUGAGCAUUCUGAUGAAUCUGUCGAGCAAAAUGACGAUGAUGAUUCUUGUAUGGACAAACCUACAACACCGGAACAUGUUGAAAUCGAAAUCCCAACUUUUGUAACUGAUUCUGAGCAACAACUGGUUCAUGACCAUGAACUCGGUUCUGAUCUAAUGAUUUCUGCUGAAGAAACUAGUAGCAAGCUUGUGGUAGACGACACUGUGGAUAUGAUCCCACAGACUACUUGUCGUGAUGAUGAAGAAGGCUCACUAGGAAUGGAUGGGACCAUUGAGAAUGAAGAUGUAACUGUACAAGGACCUCGUGUGCCCGCGUUUGUAGUUCAUGUUUCAAGACCAGCCGAAGUUGAAGAGACGAGGAAGGAUCUUCCGAUAGUAAUGAUGGAGCAGGAGAUAAUGGAAGCUAUUAAUCGUCACCCCGCAGUUAUUAUUUCAGGACAAACCGGGUGUGGUAAAACCACUCAAGUUCCUCAGUUCCUUUAUGAAGCUGGUUUUGGUUCAAAGCAAUUCAGUUCUCGAAGUGGGAUUAUCGGGAUUACCCAACCACGCCGUGUCGCCGUCCUUGCCACUGCCAAGAGAGUGGCAUUUGAGCUUGGUGUUCGUCUUGGUAAAGAGGUCGGGUUUCAAGUUAGGUACGACAAAAAGAUUGGCGAAAACUCCUCUAUCAAGUUUAUGACUGAUGGGAUUUUACUUCGUGAGAUACAGAAUGACUUCUUAUUGAGGCGUUACUCUGUGAUAAUCCUCGAUGAAGCCCAUGAAAGAAGUUUGAACACAGACAUUCUAAUUGGGAUGCUCACUCGAGUCAUCAAAAUUCGACAGGAAUAUUACGAGGAACAACAAAAGAGUCUUCAAUCUGGAGGCACAGUAACCUCAGAAUGCCAAAUUACGCCACUUAAACUUAUAUUGAUGAGUGCCACUUUGCGAGUGGAAGACUUUGUAUCGGGGAAAAGGUUAUUCCCUAAUAUACCUCCGCUUAUAGAGGUUCCCACUCGACAGUAUCCAGUAACUAUACAUUUCUCCAGGAAGACUGAGAUUGUUGAUUAUAUCGGUCAAGCUUAUAAGAAAGUGAUGUCAAUUCACAAAAAGUUACCACAAGGAGGAAUACUUGUUUUUGUGACUGGGCAGAGAGAAGUUGACCACUUAUGUGAGAAGUUACGUAAGUCUUCAAAGGAACUUGUUGUUCAAGCUGCUAAAAGAGAUGCUUAUUUGAAAAAGAAAUGCGAUGAUGGUUCAUUUGGUGGUGUUGACAUGAAGGAGAUUGCUGAAGCAUUUGAUGAUGGCUCCGACAAUCAAAAUUACAGGUUUAGCUCGCAUGGAGAAGAUCCUUCUGAAAUUGGUGAUGGUAACUAUGAUGAUGAUUUUGAAGAAGAAGACAUGUAUGAGUCUGAUGAAGACAGGGACUGGGAAACCGUUGAUGACGGCUUUGCAAGUUCAUUUGUAGAGGAAGGGAAGUUUGAUGCUCUCCGAGCAGCGUUUAAUGGUUUGGCAGACAAAAAUGGAUCCGUAUCUGCUGAGCCAGCAAAGACCAUUGCAGCAGAGAAUCAAGAGGCUGAGCAGGUAAAAAAUACAUUUUCUCCAGGAAAAUUACGUGUUCUUCCACUUUAUGCGAUGCUAUCUCCAGCUGCACAGCUACGAGUGUUUGAGGAAUUUGAGAAAGAAGAAAGACUUGUGGUUGUGGCGACUAAUGUAGCGGAAACUUCUCUGACUAUUCCCGGUAUAAAGUAUGUGGUUGAUACAGGUCGGGUUAAAUUGAAGAAUUAUGAUUCUAAGACUGGUAUGGAAAGUUAUGAGGUAGAUUGGAUUAGCCAAGCUUCGGCUAGUCAACGAGCUGGAAGAGCUGGACGAACUGGACCUGGUCACUGUUAUCGUCUCUAUUCAUCUGCGGUUUUUAGCAAUAUAUUUGAGGAAUCUUCGCCUCCUGAAAUCACGAAAGUUCCUGUUGAUGGAGUUGUUCUUCUCAUGAAAUCUAUGAACAUUCCAAAGGUUGAGAAUUUCCCGUUUCCAACUCCCCCUGAGCUAUCAGCUAUUAGAGAAGCAGAACGAUGCUUAAAAGCUUUAGAGGCUCUCGACAGCAACGGAAGGUUAACACCAUUAGGAAAGGCUAUGUCUCACUAUCCCAUGAGUCCACGUCACUCAAGAAUGCUUCUCACAGUCAUCCAAAUGCUAAAAGAGACCCGGAAUUACUCACGCGCGAAUCUCGUCCUUGGAUAUGCGGUUGCAGCAGUAGCCGCGUUGAGCUUACCAAACCCUUUGAUAAUGGAGUUUGAAGGAGAGAAGAAAAACGAGUCCAAAGAUGCUGACAAAACCGUCAAGCAAGAAGAUAAACAACGGAGAAAGGAUCGGAAAGAGAAAAUCAAAGCUGCUCGGGACAGAUUUUCCAACCCGAGCAGCGAUGCUUUGACUGUAGCUUAUGCAUUGCAUUCCUUUGAGGUCUCAGAGAAUGGCAUGGGCUUCUGCGAGGCGAACGGUUUGCAUUUAAAGACCAUGGACGAGAUGUCUAAGCUCAAAGAUCAGCUUCUGAGACUUGUUUUCAGCUGUUGUAAGCCCUCCGAAACCAAUGAUGGUUUCUCAUGGACUCAUGGGAAUAUACAAGACGUAGAGAAGUCAUGGAGAAUCACCACAUCGUCUUCUGCAAAAUAUCCUCUUCUACAGAACGAAGAAGAACUGUUAGGAGAAGCCAUAUGUGCGGGAUGGGCAGACCGUGUAGCCAGAAAGACCAGAGCGACAGAAUACCAAGCCUGUGCUGUGCAAGAACCUGUUUUCUUGCACCGUUGGUCGUCUCUCAUAAACACAGCUCCGGAGUUAUUGGUCUACAGCGAGCUCCUACUCACCAACAGACCAUACAUGCACGGAGCGACUCGAGUGAAGCCAGAAUGGCUGGUGAAGCACGCAAAGUCUCUCUCCGUGUUCUCCUCGCCACUCAAGGACCCGAAACCAUAUUACUCGAGUGAGGAGGAUAGAGUUUUGUGCUGGGUCAUUCCAAGUUUCGGUCCUCAUAAUUGGGAGCUUCCAGCUCACAGUGUGGCAAUAACAGAUGAUAGAGACCGAGCAGCAGCUUUCGGAUGUGCUUUGCUUCAAGGAGAGGUAUUACCUUGUUUGAAAAGCGUUAGGGCGUUGUUGGCUGGGAAACCUGAAACGUUGUUGGAAAGAGAAGCUUGGGGCUUAGAAAGAGUUGGGGGUUUGGUGAUGGUUUUGACAGAGAAGAAGAUUGAUAGUUUAGAGAGUUUGAGAAAGAGUUGGGAACAGAAUCCGAAUGUGCUUUACUCUGAGAUUGAAGUUUGGUUUCAGAAAAAGUUUCGUCAUCGUGUCAAAGACCUUUGGCAGACAAUGCUUAAGGAGGCUCACGUUCAAAGAAGUCAGAGGAGGAGAUAAGUGUAAAUUAUUUAUAUUCUGUUUUGAAUGGAACUUGUCUUAUUCGGAAAUUUUGUUAGAAACUUAAAAAGUGUAACAAAGAAAUUUUAGUGGA